ACCAUUGGCCACGAUAUACACCACUAUCGCCUCAAAUAUCUCUCAGCAGGAUUACUGAAGAGAGAAGAAAUCAGAGAGGAUGUUCAGUGCUUGUUGAAGCCGUUGACUAUCUUUGGAAAAUCUGGAAUGCUUCAACAAUCUAAUGGACCUGAAUGUGUUACCAUGGUGACCACUCACACACACAUCACCCUGUCACUCCUGCUGUUCCACAUUCUCCCGGCCACAACGACUCAGGUUGAUGACCUCAUCGAUGAUGUCAUUGUCGCCACGGACCGUGGCAGAGUCCGGGGCACUCGGCUUCCCGUGCCAAGUGGUGGAUAUGUCAGGGCAUUCCUGGGAAUUCCCUAUGGGAACCCCCCCGUUGGGGAACUGCGUUUUCGCCCUCCUCAGCCUGCAGAUGGGUGGACAGGGGUACUACACGCCACACGCUACCCCAACUCCUGCCUCCAACCCCAGGAUACAUUAUUUCCUGGGUUCCGUGGAGCUGAGAUGUGGAACCCCAACACCAAGAUGAGUGAAGACUGUCUCUACCUCAACAUAUGGACUCCUCCCCCUUUGUUUAAGACACACCCUAAACGUUCCAAGAGCUCCUCCCCUGGUUCCUCAUUAGCUCCUGUCAUGGUGUGGAUAUACGGAGGCGGGUUCACUACAGGCACCGCCUCCCUAGACCUGUAUGACGGACAAUUCCUUAGCCAAUCAGAAGGCGUCGUGGUGGUGUCUAUGAACUACAGGCUCGGUCCAUUGGGUUUCCUGUCUCUUCCUGAGAGCGAGGGUGUCCGUGGUAACGCUGGAAUGCUGGACCAGCGCUUGGCUCUGUACUGGGUAGCCAAUAACAUUGCUGCCUUCGGCGGAGACCCUUCAAAGGUGACGUUGUUUGGGGAAAGUGCUGGCUCUGCGUCUGUUGGUCUCCAUCUCCUCUCCCCUGGCAGCCAUGGCCUGUUCAACAGGGCAAUACUACAGAGUGGUUCCCCUAACACUCCAUGGGCUGUCAUGACUCAACAGCAGGCCUGGAACAGGUCCCUGUCCCUGGGUAGGCUGUUGGGUUGUCCCCUGGCACCUCUGGCUGUCCUGGAGCAGUGUCUACAGAGAGCCCAUCCAGAGGAUAUCAUCAAGCAGCAGUACAACGUCCUCUCUCUCCCCACAAUCCUAGCAUUACCAUUCACCCCCUCUGUCGACCAAAACUUCCUACCAGACAUGCCAGAGGUUCUGCUCCGGACGGGACACUUCCUGAAGACAGAGGUGCUGAUUGGUUUGAACCAAGAUGAGGGGACCUACUUCCUGGUUUACGGGGCGCCAGGAUAUGACAUCACUAGCCAGAGCCUGAUCAGCAGGGAGAACUUCCUGAAAGGGGUGGACCUAGUGUUGCCGGGAUUCAGUGAUGUCACGAGGGAGACAGCCAUCUUCCAGUACACUGAUUGGACGGAUGAGAAUAGUGGGAUGAAGAAUCGUGAUUUGCUUGGGCGAAUGUUGGGAGACCAUGAUUUUAACUGCCCUGUGCUGGAGUUUGCCCAGAGGUACACAGAACAUGGGGGUAAGGUCCGCUUCUUCCUGUUCAAUCACCACUCCUCCACCAAUCCCUGGCCAGCAUGGAUGGGCGUGAUGCAUGGCUAUGAGAUUGAGUUUGUCUUUGGAAUGCCGCUGAACAGAACCCUGGGAUACCUGGAGGAGGAAGUGGUCAUGAGCAGGAGGAUGAUGAAGUACUGGGCCAACAUGGCUAGGACCGGGAACCCAAGCAUAGAGGAAGGGGAUUGGCCACUUUUCACCGUGGACCAACAGGAAUACAUCACCCUAAACUCAUCCCCUCCACAAACACAAAAGAGGCUUGCGGCUCAUCAAUGCCAGUUCUGGAACAACUUCCUCCCCAAACUGCAGGACGUCACUGUGAGCGUAGAUGAGUUAGAACAGCAGUGGAGGAAUCACUUCCAUCGUUGGAUGUCGUACAUGUUGGAGUGGAAGAAUGCCUACUCUGACCACAGCCUGAGCAGCCCAGAGGGUCAGAAGCAGCAGGACUGUGACCAGAGGCCCUUGGAGCCCUAGACCUUUGACUGAACCCCUCAACCCAUCAAGACUAACUUAAAAAUGAUCCUUUGCUUUUCAGAGACAAUACAUUUUGUCGCGCAUCAUUUGUUUCUGAAUGUAAUUCCAGGCCUUUUCACUGAUCACUGCUAUAUCUGUUUGUACUUUGGUAUUUGUUGUUGUCCUUUCAAUUGAACAUGUGUCUUGCUUUGUGUAUCUGACGAUGUUAUGUUUCUGUGUGCUUGGUGGGGUAAAGUAAUGGGUGACAUGUUUCUGUGUGUUUGGUGGGGUAAAGUAAUGGGUGACAUGUUUCUGUGUGCUUGGUGGGGUAAAGUAAUGGGUGACAUGUUUCUGUGUGCUUGGUGGGGUAAAGUAACAUGAGAUAUGUUUCUGUGUGCUUGUUGGGAUAAAGUAAUGGGUGACAUGUUUCUGUGUGCUUGGUGGGGUAAAGUAAUGGGUGACAUGUUUCUGUGUGUUUGGUGGGGUAAAGUAACAUGAGAUAUGUUUCUGUGUGUUUGGUGGGGUAAAGUAACGAGAUAUGAUUCUGUGUGUUUGGUGGGGUAAAGUAACGAGAUAUGAUUCUGUGUGCUUGUUGGGGUAAAGUAAUGGGUGACAUGUUUCUGUGUGCUUGGUGAGGUAAAGUAAUGGGUGACAUGUUUCUGUGUGUUUGGUGGGAUAAAGUAACAGGAGAGAUGAUUCUGUGUGUUUGGUGGGGUAAAGUAAUGGGUGACAUGUUUCUGUGUGCUUGGUGGGGUAAAGUAACAUGAGAUAUGAUUCUGUGUGUUUGGUGGGGUAAAGUAACGAGAUAUGAUUCUGUGUGCUUGUUGGGGUAAAGUAAUGGGUGACAUGUUUCUGUGUGCUUGGUGAGGUAAAGUAAUGGGUGACAUGUUUCUGUGUGCUUGGUGGGAUAAAGUAACAGGAGAGAUGAUUCUGUUUGCAGGAGAGAUGAUUGGUGGGGUAAAGUAACAGGAGAGAUGAUUGGUGGGGUAAAGUAACAGGAGAGAUGAUUCUGUUUGCAGGAGAGAUGAUUGGUGGGGUAAAGUAACAGGAGAGAUGAUUGGUGGGGUAAAGUAACAGGAGAGUAAACAGAGUAACAAUUUGACUUGUUAUGUGUGUAUUAUUCUGUGACAGAUCAUCUGAGAUCCUUAAAUGCCAUAGCCUUUUAUUUGGGCCAUAACCAGUCAGAAUCGUUUCUCAAAAACCUGAACGUACGCACACACGGGCACGCACACACGCACACACGCACACACACGCACACGCACACACACAUACUCGGUGUAAGAUGGCUGCCGGCUCCCACCUCAGUGUGUAGAGAGUGAAGAUAGGAAGACGAGCCCGUUGGCAUUACCCGUGUCAUCAGUGUGCCCUCAUUUAUGAAAACAUUUGGCAUUUUCCAAAGAGAGAGUACAUUGUCUGUGAUGGAAGUCAUGCCUUUUGGAUCCUUGCAUAGAGAGAGAGAGACUAUAAAUGAGUUGUCUGGGUGAUACAGAAGUAGAGUUAUUAAGUAUGUUUGUGUGAUGGCACAUGAGCAGUGUAGGUGAUGGGCCUCUUAUUGGCUUGGUUUUGCUUUCUUCUUUAGUUUGAUUGCCUCUGAGGUGUAAAACUUGUGUAUAAUUAACUUUAAAUAAAGUUUGAAUUGAUUUGAUCUGUUUAA